AUGCCAGUCCCACGAAGAGGAGCGCUGGCGGAGGAGGCCGCAGAGGUCGAAGUGCUCUACGCGAACCUCGAGAAGUUGAAGUCGCUGUCCAAGAAGAUCCAGGGCUCCAUGUCUCGACUCGAAGUCAGCGGCCGGACAGUCCAGGAUGCGAUUGGUCCCGUGUAUGGCAACACGCAGCGCCUUCAAGUCAUGAACACGAAUGUCGACCGAGUGCUGGAAGCAAUAGAGAGAGCGAGGGAGCCUCUGGAUAUGACGAAGCGGGAGGAGCACAGGACGAACCAAGCGCUACGAGAGCUCAAGGCUACAAACCUGCGGUCCAAUCAACAAGCCAUUUCGGAGCUGAGCAGUCUGCUAUCGGUCGGAACACAAAGCCUCGAAGAUGUGUUUCGCGACCUCUGCAGGCGAGACUCCCAACCUAUCGAGCCCUUGGGGUACAUCAUGAAGAGCGCAGAGUUUCCGAGAUUGGCGCAGCAGAAGACGGCACAGCUUCGGACCAUCAAUGCGCAAAUACACAACUAUACCUCUCAAGUGUCGCCUGGCGAGCUUGCGCCUUCCGCGAAGGUCUACGCUCAGGAGCGCGGCCAGCACAUCACUUUGUCACUGAGCAACCUGGCGCAAGCUUCGCUGUCCACUGCGCGAAAGGUCGCUGGACAGGACACCAAUGCAAUCUACAAGCAAGGUAGCAAUGGUAUCGGCACCUAUGCUGGUGGGAUGCAAGGAAUGUAUACUGCCGAGUACGACAACAUCUGCCAAAUCUUCAGCCGUGAAGAAUGGGGCCAGGUUCUGAUCACAACAUGCCAGGGCUCUCUGGCAGUAUUUGGCAAUACCUUACGCGAUCUGGAUGCACAUAUCAAGUCGAACCUAAUCACCGACUGCUAUCUAGCGUACGAGAUCAUCGAAGUGGUGUCCAAUACUUCUUUCCGUCUCGAGGACAGGACCGGAGAGCUCAAACAAGCCAUGUCUGAAGCUCUAAGACCUGUGAGAGAGACCGCCAAGUCAUCCUUGUCGAGCCUGCUCUCCGACAUACGGUCACGAAUCCAGCAGAUCUCAUCUCUACCCAUCGAUGGCUCCGCCGUCCCCAUCACAUCAGAAGUCAUGCAACGGCUGCAGACCAUGACCUCUUACUUGCCACCGCUCACGUCUAUCAUGCGUAGCCUCGGCGACGGAGGCUGGUCUGCACCGAACAACAGCACCUCGACCUCUUCCAUCCCAACCAUCAAAUCGUUCGACGUCGGCGCAGACGGCAAACAACUCUUCUCCCACUACAGCACCGACACCAUCGAGACCCUGCUCUCCAACCUCGAGUCCCGCGCCAAAUCACUACUCCGCGGCAAGAGUGUGCAAGGCGUUUUCCUCGCCAACAACAUCGCGCUCAUCGAACGCAUGAUCCGCUCUUCCGAACUACAGCCCCUACUCGGCUCGACGCCCAAACUCGAAGCCUGGCGCAAGAAGUCCUCCCAACUCUACACCGACGCCUGGAAAGAGACCUCCACCCUCUUACUCGACGUGAUCAACACCAAAAACGCCCGGCCACCUUCCAUGGGCCAAGGUGUCAACUCCGCCGACGUGCUCAAAGCGCUCAACAGCAAAGAGAAAGACGCCAUCAAGGAGAAGUUCCGCAACUUCAACGUCUCGUUCGACGAGCUGGUGGCCAAGCACAAGAGCUACAAGAUGGAGCCGGAGGUGCGGAGGAUGCUGGGUCGGGAGGUGCAGAAUUUCAUCGAGCCGUUGUAUACGCGGUUUUGGGAGCGGUAUCACGAGGUUGACAAGGGGAAGGGCAAGUAUGUCAAGUAUGAUAAGGGGCAGUUGAGUAGUAUUCUUGCUUCGUUGGCGUAA